GGCCUGGGCGGCUCCGUUAUGGGGUGGGGCUGGCUAGAGGGGGCCCAGGCAGCCUCUCAGGGGUGUCAGUCAGUGCUGGUUGUUCGUCCUCAGUGCAGGGCAACAGCACCACAAUCCGGCACGAUGGCUUCCAUCCUCCAGCGCUGCCCCUUCCUGACCCGGGACCCCAGCGUCUUCUUGCUCAAAGCUCGCCCCCUGCUGGUGAGCAGCGCCCAGCGAUGUCCUGUCAUGGUGGCCCGGACCCUGAUGGGCUCCUCCCCAGACCCGCAGAGGGGGACGGACAACCCCAUCCCACUUGCAGCAGGAUCUGUCCCCCAGGAGUCAGAGACCCCAAAAGCAGCCUCCAACCCUUCCCAGACCCACUGCCCCUUCAUGGAGUCAGAGGUGCGGGUUGGACAGAGCCGGAUCGUUCAGCGCGCCGGGCCAGAGGUGCAGGAGGAUGUGAAGGUCUACAAGGCAGACCCCCUCAGCUCUCUGCUCCUCGAGGUCCAGUCCAGCCUCCGGAAGAAAUUCCUGGGCCGUGACGGGCUGGGGCCUGAUGCCCGGCUCCUCCCCACCCACCUGCUCCAGGACAAUCUGCCAGGAUCCGGAGCUUUCUCCUACGAUUCCUUCCUGGAGGGGCGGCUGGAGGCCAAGCGCCGGGAUCACACCUAUCGCGUCUUCAAGACGGUGACACGCCGGGCAGACGCCUUCCCCUUCGCUCGGGAGGCCGCGGGCCCCGAGGUCUCGGUCUGGUGCAGCAAUGACUACCUGGCCAUGAGCCGCCACCCACGGGUGCUGCAGGCUGCCAUGGACGCCCUGCAGCACCAUGGCUUAGGGGCCGGGGGCACCAGGAACAUCUCGGGCACCAGCCAGUACCACGUGGACCUGGAGCGGGAGCUGGCCCAGCUCCAUCGCAAAGACGCCGCCUUGUUGUUCUCCUCCUGCUACGUCGCCAAUGACUCCACCCUCUUCACCCUCGCCAGGAUGAUGCCAGGCUGUGAGAUCUUCUCGGACGCGGGGAAUCACGCCUCCAUGAUCCAGGGGAUCCGCAACAGCGGGGUCCCCAAAUACGUCUUCCGGCACAACGACCCCCAGCACCUGGCCCAGCUGCUGGGCCGCAGCCCCCCCGGCAUCCCCAAGAUUGUGGCCUUCGAGACUGUGCACUCCAUGGAUGGUAGGGACUGCCCCCCUGGAGGGAGCUGUGUGACGUGGCCCAGCGCACGGCGCCCUCACCUUUGGGACGAGUUCAGCGCCGUGGGGCUUACGCCGCCCGUGGGCCGGCAUCGCGGAGCGCGACGGGGUGCUGGGCAAGGUCGACAUCGUCUUCCCGGCACCUUGGGGAAGCCUCGCUGCGUGGGGGUACAUGCAGCACGGACGGCCGCUGGAUCAACGGUUCGCUCCUAUGGCGCCGGCUUCACUUCAGUCACCACCUCGCUGCCCCCCGUGCUGGCCGGCGCCCUGGCCUCACUGCCGGAGCGCCUGGUGCAGGGCUGGCAGGACGUGGGGCUCCCCCUGCAGCCCCCCGCAUCCUCCGCCUGCCACUUCUGCCAGCGGCCCCUGCACUUCGCCCUCAUGAGCGAGUGGGAGCGAGAUUCCUUCGGCAGCCUGGGGGCCCAGUGCGUCACCAGCAGCGCCUGA